CUUGAGGUUGCAGACCAUCAGGACAGAGGAUCGACGCCAUCCCCCAAAAACGUCCACCAGUGGGGCUUCAGAUUCCAGGUCCUGGGCAUACAACAUAAUCAUCUCUGCUUCUGCUUUCCUCCAAGCCGUGUCCUUAGCGACAAACGAACUGGAGCCGGUGCCGGUUCUAGCACGUAAGAGUAUCUGACUGCAUGGUAGCGGUGUCUAGCAGCAAUUGCUCUUUUGUUUGGCGCCGUCAAUCGCAUCGGGAAGGUUAUCUGGUGGUGGUACUUUCAUACAGCCUGAGGCUCCGGGAGGACAGUUGAGAUGCGCGCUCGGUGCCUUGAGGACGUUGAAUCAUAAUGGGGGCUAUGGAUCCUGCAAUGCCUCAGCAGUUGCCUCAGUCCUUCCGAGACUUUUGUGCCGCCAACAACAUCAAUGAAGGUAUCUACCGCUCCGACCAGAACCUGCCAAGAUACGUAAGGUUCAAAGCGCCUCCGUCUGCUGACAUCAUCGCCGCAGUCUGCGAGCAGCUCGGGGCGCAGCUGGAGCCAGUCCGCUGGCUACCGGGCUUUUUCGCACUGCCCCAGAAUGUAAAGAUUGCGGGGUCGGAGGCAUACAAAAAGGGCCAGAUAUUUGGCAUCGACGCUUCCUCAGGGGCUGCGGUGGAGGCGCUCGAUGUGCGACCAGGAGACAACGUCCUGGACUUGUGUGCCGCACCAGGCGCCAAGCUGUGCUUGAUAUCCGACCACGUGUCACCCUCCGGUACCGCGACAGGUGUCGACAUCUCUCCGCCUCGAUUAGCCGCCACCCGCACUCUUCUGCGCAAGUACGGGGCUGCGCAUAAUUGCCGGCUUUUUCUGGCAGACGGCACGACAUUCAGCGAACGGCCGCCUACCAGACACGUACUCCGACAGUUCAGCAAACAAACAGGGUUGGAACAAGGGAGCGAAGCGAAGGGGCGUGGUAUUCAUUUGGAAGGUGUUGACGUGAGUAUCAACGAGGAAGGGGCGAGGAGAAGUUGUGAAGUGGACGAGGAUCGGGGGUUUGGUUUCGGGGAAAUUUGCACGGAGAGCGCUGUCGAAGCGCAGGGACAGAGUCGAAAAAGCGACGGGCGCAUUGCAAUUCCCAAUCCGAAAAGCGGUACCGAUUCAUUACAAACUGCGAGGGAGUGCGAAAUUUCGAGAAGCCUCGACACUGCAGCAGUUCAGUUGGGUAAAACGCCUUCACCGGUGCAAUCAUUAGAAGGAACAGCGCUAGAGGAGAGGCAGCCAGCGAACGUUGAAGCGUGCGGCACUGAAAUAGGCCCGACCGAAGGUUCCGAGUCCCUUGACAUCAGCGAAAAGCGAAGUGAGCGAGAGGGGGAGAGUCGAAAGAAGGAGCGUCGGAGGCGGCGGCCGAUUGGUGGGUCAGAAACUAAAGCGCAGCUGUUCUUCUUUGGGAGGGGGAUCACCCCGCGGGUCCUUGAGACGGCGGAGGGUUCCGGACGUGCAAAGCUUUAUGACAAGGUUUUGGUGGAUGCUGAGUGCACUCACGACGGAUCCCUGAAGCACAUCCGCAAGUACGACUGGUGGGGCUGGGACACCUUCGAGCGGCGCGUCAUGGACCCGGACCGCCUCGCGGCCCUCACGGAUUUGCAGGGCCGGUUACUGAGCAACGGAUUCCGCCUGCUGAAACCCGGGGGAUCCCUCGUGUACAGUACAUGCAGCUUCACCAGGGCGCAAAACGAGGACGUGGUGUCCACUUUUCUGGAUGCGCAUCCAGACGCAGAUGUGGUGGCGAUACCCCAGGCUGCAACGUGGCCUUGCAGCCCGGGAACACUUCAGCACACGCUCCGUUUUACCCCGGACGUUUCGAAGACAGGAGGUCUUUUCAUCGCAAAGAUAAUGCGAAAACAGGAGUUUAGAUCGUAGUGUAGCGAGGCAUAAAGUCAGCCGGUGGGAGUCCUGAUUUAGAGCUCUGCUGCAACCUGAAAAAAGUGACUCUAAUCUUGACGGUUCAUCACAAACCGGAUUUGUAACAGCCAGAUCCUUGUAAUAUUGCGCGGCCUAGCUAGAAGUGUAGCUGCCAGGCUGACUCAUUGUGUACAUUUAUCCAUGAGCUCCGCCCUCUGAGCCGGCGCGCUGUGAAGAAAGUUGC